AGACUAUCUACAGUGACACAGUUGCAGAAAUAGUAGCUUGCAGGUUUCUGAUAUCGCAUCAGUGGACAGGCAGCACGCACUGUAUUAAGUAAGUGUAAAAGAACUUAAAAUAUAGCUCUGAUUCCGCUGAGCAAUGAAUUGGGGUGGGGGUUGGCAUUCCCCACCCCUCGCAACGACAGCAAAAUCUGGACAAAGUUGAAAGUUGCAAGAUUCCAGCCAAACAAUUGUCCUUGCUUGGGUAAAUAUCAUCCAAAGAGACAAAUGUGAGUGAGUUACAGAGCCACUAGAAGCAUCAUCUCCUGGAAGACCCGAGUUCUUGGGAUAAUGGAGGCUUCUCGGUCCUGUCCGUGACGGAGCAAUGCCGACCUCGGUUUCCUGGACCCGUUCUGACUCAGGAGCCUUCACGUAAAUGGGUCCAGUCAUGCCUCCCAGUAAGAAGCCAGAAAGCUCAGGAAUUAGUGUGUCCAGCGGGCUGAGUCAGUGUUACCGGGGCAGCGGUUUCUCCAAGGCCCUCCAGGAAGACGAUGACCUCGACUUUUCUCUGCCCGACAUCCGACUAGAAGAAGGGGCCAUGGAGGACGAGGAGCUGACCAACCUGAACUGGCUGCACGAGAGCAAGAACUUGCUGAAGAGCUUCGGGGAGCCGGUCCUCCGGAGCGUCAGCCCCGUCCAGGACCUGGAUGACGACACGCCCCCGUCCCCCGCCCAUGCUGACAUGCCCUACGAUGCCAGGCAGAACCCCAACUGCAAACCCCCCUACUCCUUCAGCUGCCUCAUAUUUAUGGCCAUCGAGGACUCCCCGACCAAGCGCCUGCCGGUCAAGGAAAUCUACAACUGGAUCUUGGAACAUUUCCCGUAUUUUGCAAACGCACCUACUGGGUGGAAAAACUCAGUGAGACACAAUUUGUCGUUGAAUAAGUGUUUUAAGAAAGUGGACAAAGAGAGGAGUCAGAGCAUCGGGAAAGGGUCGCUGUGGUGCAUAGACCCCGAGUACAGACAGAAUCUAAUCCAGGCUUUGAAAAAGACACCUUACCACCCACACCCACAUGUGUUCAAUACACCUCCCGCCUCUCCUCAGGCAUAUCAAAGCACAUCGGGCCCACCCCUCUGGCCGGGCAGCACCUUCUUCAAGAGAAAUGGAGCCCUUCUCCAAGGUCCUGACAUUGAUGCUGCCAGUGCCAUGAUGCUUUUGAAUUCUCCCCCUGAGAUACAAGCAGGUUUUCCCCCAGGAGUGAUACAGAACGGAGCGCGGGCUCUGAGCCGAGGGCUGUUCCCCGGAGUCCGGCCACUGCCAAUCACUCCCAUCGGGAUGGCGGCCGCCGUGAGGAACAGCCUCGCCGGCUGCAGGACGCGGACGGAGAGCGAGCCGUCGUGCGGCUCGCCGGUGGUCAGCGGGGACCCCAAGGAGGACCACAACUACAGCAGCGCCAAGUCUGCCAACGCCCGGAGCACGUCGCCCGCCAGCGACUCGGUCUCCUCCUCCUCGGCCGACGACCACUACGAGUUCGCCACCAAGGGGAGCCAGGAGGGCAGCGAGGGCAGCGAGGGGGGCUUCCAGAGCCACGAGAGCCCCAGCGACACAGAGGAGGACGACAGGAAACGCAGCCCGAAGGAGGCCAAGGAGGCCCUGGGGGACAGCGGCUACGCGUCCCAGCACAAGAAGCGCCAGCACUUCGCCAAGGCCAGGAGGGUCCCCAGCGACUCGCUGCCCCUCAAAAAGAGACGCACGGAGAAGCCCCCCGAGAGCGACGACGAGGAGAUGAAGGAGGCGGCGGGGUCGCUGCUGCACUUGGCGGGGAUCCGGUCCUGUUUGAACAACAUCACCAAUCGGACAGCAAAGGGGCAGAAGGAGCAAAAGGAAACCACGAAAAAUUAAAAACAAGUCAUUGAUUUGUUUUGAACUUAAGGCCAUUUGGUUUCAGCAUGUCAGGAGAUUUCUAAUGAUUUGUGGCAAUAUCAGCAAUUUCUUUUUUUUUUUUCCUUUUUUUGGGGUUUGUUUUUCUUUCUUUUCUUUCCUUUUUUUUUUUUAAAUUCGCCCCCCUCCUUUGUUUUGUACCCUUGAGAAUUUUAUUUUUAAAGGAGAUUGAAGCCAUAGAACUCAUAUUGACAUUCAGCUGUUUUACAAAAAGCUUUUCGUUAUCUGAAGACAAAACCGAAAAAGCCAAAAUGACCAUUGCUUCCUCCAGCGUGUGAGAAACACGUGGCUGAAUUGCAGGGAUGUCAGGAAAAUGCCGCAGAAUGCCCACAUUUGGCGCCUAGGAGGCCCGUGUGCAAAGUCUUCAUGGCUCGGGCCCGGCCGCUAGGUUUCAAUGGUCAGGAUGCCCGCCCCAUGGGGUUCACUGAGUGCACGUGCAGGAGGCGACUGGGGAGAAGGCAGGCCCCGCCCACCCUGGAGCAGACCCCAGCCGGUGGUGCCACGCGGCAUGUUGUGUCCAGAAAGACCUUGGCAUUGCCGCUCAGCUUGAGGGGGCGGGGGGGCACCUGUCCCCCGCACUUCUUAAUCGUCACGCCUCCUAACAUCUUACGAGGUGGACACUGGACCAUCCCUGUCCACUGGGUGUCAGUGACUAAGGAGAAGAAAGGGGGUCAAUUUGUAGCGCUAUUCCUAAUCACCGAAUUCUGGUCUAUGUUAAAGUAGGAGACUGUUCCACAAGCCAUAAGCCUGUAGGUGGCCCUGCACACACGCACGCACGCGUGAGCGAGAAAGAAAACGUGCAGCCAACAGGCUGUGUUUUCUUAACUGCCCAAGUGAAAAUCAAGUCCAAGAAAUUACAAUAGCUGUUAAGCAAGGAAAUAAUGGUACAUAAUCUUUUUCUGUCUGUCAAAACUGUUUGAUCUAAGUGAAAGCAAACAAGCAAAGAGCUACGGAACCUGCCAUUAGUAUUGUGGUAUAUUUUUAAAAGAUGAAAGGCACAUUGAUGGACAAAAAAAAAUUUUUUAAAGGAAAACAUGGCAAAAAAAAAAAAACAAACCAAACUCCUAUACUGCCCUCAAAAUGGAGUUUGCAAAUAAUGUCAGUCAGGAUUCAUUUUUGCAAAAAUCGGUGAUUUCCACAUUCAGCCAGUGUAGCCAGCAGAAAUUUCUGAUCCACAAUGCAUGGAUUCCUUCUAAAAGAAAAAAGAAAAAAAAUCACAAAAACACAAACUUUUUUUAUUCAAAAAUAAAGUUCUUGUAAGGUAAAUAAUGUAUUUAGCAUGAAGCAUGAAUUAUUUUCAUAUAAAUAUAGAAAAUAGAGAAAAGGCUAUGCCUCUAAUUUUUAAGCCCUUAGGCUUAGAGGUUCUUUGGGUUUUCUUCUUUUUCGUUUUCUUUAGUUUUGUUUUGUUUUUGUUUUUUUUUUUCUUCCCAAUCGUUUUGUUUUGGUUUUUUGAAGCAGGUGUUUAAGGUUUAACCUUCUUCAGGGACAAAUUCUGACUGUUGGGGAACUCACUCUGCAAUAUAAAAAUGUCUUCGUGUUCCGGGAGGGCCUGCCUUGUCUGCGCUUCAGCCCCGACCCCUCUGGUUCUGUGUGGAGAAGUGUGUCCUUUCUCUCUGUCUGGACAUGUUUUAUCACGACGCAAUAAUUCGAGGGCAAACUUGGUAGUACGUGUGUAUGAUAGAAUCAAGAGAACUGGGGGACGCUGACUCGAGAAAACCGUCACCACCAUUUGGUCCUAGGAGAAAGGCAGUGAACGAUUAUGCAAAUUCGCCAGGAGAAGGGAAACACGCUAAUGGGCCUUACUGGAUGAGGGUGUGAGGUAGGGGGCACGCGAAGGCGGUGGCGGCGGCGCGGGCGUGGGAAGGACCGGCCCCCCGCAGCCUUCUGCCACACCAGCUCGGUGGGAAGGAGGGGCCGGCCGUCUCCACCACCCCCGCGCACGAGCCCACCUGCAGCUGAGCCCGCCUAGAGUGUGAGAGCUGAAUUUAGACAACAGGACAGUGUCACGCAGCCCAGAAACCCCUGUGAUCUUUGCCUGACAGAAAUUAUUGGGGAGACCCAAAGAGAAAUCUCUAGAAGAAUGUGGUUUUCCACCCAAACGGAGGGGAAUUGUGUGGUUUAAAUGCAAACGAAAACACCCACUACCGUGGGGCUCAGGAUACGAUGGUGGUGAGGGAGAGGGACAGAAGUGGGGGGAUGAUAUUUUUAGAAACGGGACGUGUGGGCCCACGAGCCGGCACCAGGCGUGGUCGGCACCUCCGCCGUCGGCACAAUGUGGUCAUGCACUGGUGCCCGCCCCGUGCUCAUCUCCCCCUGGGCUGUGGAUGGGAGACCCUGGCCGAAAUCGACACCUGUGCACUGGUCAAACUGGUUACCUGAACCCUUCCAGCCUGUUCGUUCAGGGGGUGGAUGGGAAUCUCACCAGAUGUGUGCCGCCCCAAAAGCCAUCCACAGCUCUGGAACCUGAGGGACACUGCUUGGUGUCGUCCCCUGACCGAGCCCAGGAGACCCCACCCCCUCCCCUGAGAGACAGUUUGGACUUCCCUCUGAAAGGCAGAGUGCACAUCGGGGCCUGUCUCUGGCAGGGGGCUUCUUCCAUUAAAACCCCCGCAGUGGGCUGUCUCCCCUCAUUUCGUUUUUCUAAAGGAGCAAAGGCCUCUUUUAGAAAAGAAUAAAAUGCAAUGUGUGUGAUUUACUUUUCUGAUCUCUUUGAGAAAUAGAUAAAUAUCUUAUAAAGUGUGUUCUUAACUCCAGAACCACUCUUUUUGCAUAAAUACCUCAUUGGGCAGCUUUCUAAGUGUUAUUUUCCCGGAGCCUCCCUCGGCCCCCCGUGUAGGGACCCCGGGGAGACUUACAGGGGAAACUUUAGUGAGGGUACUUUUUUCUAUUUUUCUUCUGUUUUUGGAGGCAUACACAUUAUGCAUAACCAAAACAAUGGCUCAAUUGUGUUUAACUUUGUAUUUUGAUUGUUGAGAAAAAAAAAUAUCCAUGUGUAUGUGGCCGUUUGUAGUGAACUCAUUGCAGAACGAGGUUGUCCGUGUCCUCACCAAGCCAAGGGGCAGGCGGCACCCUCUCCUACCCCCUCCUCCAAGAGCAGUAGAGAACUUAAGCACAAGCCUAUUCGUGAAAAGACUAUUUUGUUCAAGUGUAACUCACUCUAGUCUUGGAAUUCCUUCCCAAGCGUCAGGUGUUCUUUUAGCUUCCGAACUAGCCUAUGUAUCCAUUAGUCCGACAGGUCGCCUGAGCACACCGUUCAGGGGGCGUGGUGGUUCUGCUUUCGCUUCUCCUGCGGGAGAGGCGGCGUUUCGUGUGUCAUUCCAGUAUCUCACAUACUCACGUGGGGCGGGGGGCGGGGGAACCGGGGAACUAUAGCAAUAUUUCAAGAUGCUUUGGAAAACAGCCGUGAACACAUCAGCACCGUGGCAUCUACCAUUACUCGCUGUCGGCCCUUGGACACAUUUAAGAGAAAGAGACUGCAGCUCUUUUUCCUUAAAUGACAUACACGUAGACAGUUACUUUUAUGCUACUACAGUUGUCUUGAAUCUCUAUGUAGUGCUAUGUGGAAAGGAUUUGUUUGCAUCGUAGAUUUUUCUUCCCAGCCUUAUAAUGUACCCUAAGCUCCUACUUUUCCUCCCCCUCUCCGAUCAGUCAGUAUCCUUCCAAGAGCUCUCCGGUGAAGCUGUCUGUCUGGACCGGAAGCCAGCCACACCCACGUGCGGAGGGCGGUCGCAGACAGCUGUGGCGGGUUUCGGCCUUGCGCGGGGCUGAGUUCUGAAGAAGGCGCAUGUCCAAGGCCUUUCCCAAGAACUGACCGCCCGUAGGCGCACUCAGCGUGGGCACAGCAGUGACCACCACGGGACGUUCUAGAAGAGGCCACUCCCCUGCAUGGUGUUCCUGCCUGAGGGACAACGUCCGGGCUGGGGGCUCUGUAGCGUGAACACCCCCCGGGUGGCUUUUGUGCCCAGCUCCGCCCUGGGACACACCAGGGCUGCUCGGCGCCAAGCUCUGCACCCCACACCGCGAGCACGGGCACCCAGCUUCUCAAGGAAGGGCCCUUGGAGAAGGAAUCAGAGCUGCAUACGUACACGGGAGGGUUUUCCACAGGGGACUGGUUUCGAUUCGAUGUGACUUGCCUUUCCCUUGAAACUCGAUGCAGGUUGGGAGUCCUUUCUGUCUGGUGGAUCACAGCUGCCCAGAUGUUGCGGUUUAUUUUUACGUUUCCAUAGAGAAAUACUUUUUUCCUUUCAUCUUCAGGAUUUUUUGCCACCAAAAGAACACAUUUUGAACUCUGUGUCCCCUCUUGAUUGUGACUUACCAGUGUGGACAGUUAAAUCCUUAGUGUCCUAGGUCCCGGCCCUCCAGUACUAUAUCAAACACUGUUAUGCACAUAAUGCAGCACUGUGAUCUAAUUUAAAUAAUACUUUUUUAUUAUUUAUACUACUAUAUAUAAUAUACAUCAACACUUUUGCUAUAUAACCUAAGUGGAUAACCCUCUCGUAGUUACCUGCCAAACGUGGGGCUUCGGUUCAUACUGCAGUUAACACAGUUACCGAGUUGUAAUGGUGUCUUUUUUUUUUUUUCCUUUGUAACGGAAUGUGUAAAUCAAAGUAUAUACAUUGUGUGGUGUUCCUGUUUCUGGAGUUUCACGAGGAUUUACACAUGGCCUUCAGUGUUGUGUAUAGACCCCCCCCCUGCCUUUGGGACUCCAUCUGUUACCCCCUCUCCCUCGAAGAGAGCGCCCGCGCUGGUGGGGACCCCCGAGUUCUCUCCCCCCCACUGGCCGUUCUCGACCCAAGCACAGACUCAGCUCUGUCGCUUCAUCGUGGAAAACGCGUGUGACCUUGCCAUUCUUCCACUGUUCCGCAAACAAGUGCUAGCUUCACUGACCAAAAACGAAGGAAGGAAAAUGCGGUUUUUAAAACAAUCCAUCUUCUCGCAGCCGAAACCGACGUGUCUAUGGUGCUGUAUCCCGCUGUCUGUCGUACUUCUGACAUCAGACCUAGGUGAAAAGAUCACUUCUGACGUAACUGUGAUGUGCUCACAAGUCCCCUUCCCGUUCGUUCUUGUCGGCGUCGAGAUCAAGACUAUUUAUUUGGGAUAUAUAUACCACAGUGUUUUCCACUGUGUCUCAUUUGCAAAAGUGGAGGACGGCCUUCCCUGCCUUUGCAAAUAAUUAAUAUUCCAUAUUGGAUUCUCAAAGACUUCGAUAUGGUGAACCUAUCAAACCUAGAAAUUGUAUUUCAUCCUUUUCAUUACUGUGGCCUGAGUUCCCCAAACCCUCCCUGCCCGCCCCCCACCCGCCGUUUCCAGAUGGAACUUAGCACCAUUUCGGUCCCGCGCACAUCCAGCCUACCCUGAGCGUGCACACUGAGGCCCUCAAAGCUCAUUGCUGAUUCAGUGCCCAGUUCCCCGUCCUGUCAUUCACACUCACGAUUUACACUGCCGCGGUGAAAUGGGGAGACUAAAGUAGCCGUGUGUGUGUCUGGGGAGCAUUCUACACUUGUCCAUUUUUUAAUCCUCUGAUUCUGUAACACUUCGAGAGUUGGUUUUGUUGGACGGGACAGUAACAGUGAUAAAGCAAUCAGAAGACCAAGACGUUUACUGUCGAUGCUUAGGGUCGCCUGGCCUUCGCUUGGCCACUAGACCUACAUGGCCAAAUUAAUUUACUAGAGUAAUAAUUUCUUCAAAAGCCAAUUUUCUUUUCUGUACUUGCUAUAUGAAACUGCCAAUAUCACGACUGGAAAGGGAGAGAGCCAGAGAGGAGAAGGAAAGUGGUGUUCGGUGGCGUUCACGGCGUGGAGCGGUGUGAAGGCAGGCGCGGCCGGCCGAACGUAGGGACCUGACGGUGUUGCUUUGGAGGUAUCCGUACUUGCAUUUUGCAUUCUUCACAUGUAAUCAUAUUGCCAAAGACAAACUUUCAUCAUUUAUUGUAAAUAACACUUCCCCCCAAACCUACCAUAAAGUUUCUGUGAUGUAUUGUCUUCCAGUUGCAAUAAAAAUUACUGAGUUGCA